AUGCCUCAUCAUGUCCCUUGGACAGCAGGGCAACCAUAUCGAGGUCCUGCUGACUUCGUAAGGUUCGAUGCUCCUCGUUACCAAGCUUACCCAGUACCCUAUCAAGCUGCCACAGCAGACCCAGUAGGCCGCAUGAACAUGACGCAGAUGACAACCGUGCCAGCAGCCCAUAAUUGGGUCACAAUGAAACGACAACGUGAACCCGAGCACGACGAAGGCUACACCAACACCAAGAAGCCCCGGAACCCUUCAAGGAGAGAUCUGGAGUUCGACUGGGAUCGAACUCAACUGCGAGACCCUCGUCUGACCCCAUGUCGAAUGCUACCUCCUCGGCGGGACGAAAAGGACCUCACGGAGGAAGAAAAGGCGUUCUUCAAAGGUCCAACACCCGAAUGGCUGAAAGGAAAAACACGAUUGAGUCGGGCAGACAAAGACAAGAUCUUUGAGGAAGAAAUCCGCAACAUUAUCGCUCACUCAUCUCACGAGAAAUAUGUCUGUUACGACAAGGGUCCCAAUGGCUCGCCGACAUAUGAUCAGAGCGGCUUUCAGUUCGACUACUUCAGAGUAGCCGAGUGGAUGAAACCUAUGAGGGUCAACAAGAACAGAGCCCAGAGGGUCAGAAAACAGGAGAGACACUUUAAGAAGCACGCGGACGAUCUGGACAGGAUAAAUGCUCUGUUUUUCCUAGAUGGGCAAGGGCCCAGCAAAGGCGAGAAUAACUAUGUUGAGUUACUCAUCAAGGACAAAGUCUCCAAAGAUCUGGGUAUACCUUUCCACCACAUUGGUGUUGCCGAAGUGGAAGAGUGGGCAAGAAGAGGCUUCCCCAAGCAAGAUCCUAGAGCAUAUGUAGCUGCGACUAUGACGGAGGAGGAGAAGAAAAGGCUUCUGUUUUUGCUGCGCGGAGCAAGUCUGAGAAAGUGA